AAAACAAGCAAAUUACGCGCCGGAGAAUUGUUUUACAUAAGAAUUUUAUAGUAGUGACUCAACUUAAAAAAAAAAAAAAAAUUCAAGUGAAAAAAAAGGAAAAAAGCACGAAAAAUUAACAUAAAAUAAUAAAAGAAUUAACGAGAAAUAAAAAAAGGAAAAAAUACGGUGAAAAAUAGCAAAGAAUAAAAUUUUUAAAAAAGAAUGAUAUAACAUAACAACAUAUGUAGUACCUAUGUAAUAACAAAUGUAGUGCUUUGAUCCACAAAAAAAGUGUAAAAAAAUGGAAAAUAAUAUCAUCAAGAAUCACAGCAAAAAUAACAACAACAACAACAUCAGCAUCAACAACUACAAGAAAAAAGCUGAAUAAUUAAAAAAUAAAAUAAGUGAACUCCGUGUGGUACAAAAACAAAAAAAAAAGAAAUUUUAAUUUAAAUAAGAAAAAAAAAUAAGAGAGAAUUUUUUUUAUAUUUAUGUGAAAUAGAAAAAAAAAAUAAGAAAAAAAAAUAGCAAUGACAACAACAGAACUAGCGAAGGAUGCAUUUACACAACAAAAUUUUUUACUAGCCCACGAGUUUUACGAGUCGUCCCUCCUUUCGCGAUCGCCGCAGCGCAAAAGUCACCGCUUAGACACAAAUGUCGAGCUGUUCUACGGCUACGGCGACUCGUUGGCGAAAAUGGGCCGUCUGAAAGAGUCGUUUGACGUGUACGCGCACAUUUGUCAGCAGCUGCACGGUAUCGUUCCGUUAGAUAGUUUAAAAUGUUUAGCAAUAUCCCUCAUUGAACACAUAAGACAAUUGCUCGUGGCAACCUGGAGGUCCAAUAACAUUAGCUUAAGUGACGACAUUAGUGAUAAUUGUAGUGAUGCGACGCGAAAAAUUGCGGCAACGCAAAAAAAUGACGCGUCGCUCGGUAGAUUAGUGACGAAAAAAACCCCAAUAGAUCCACUUUUAUGUUCCAUUUGUGAAGAUAUCCUUAAAUAUCCAGUUACCUCAAUUUGUGGCCAUACGUUUUGUCGACAAUGUUGUUUCGGGCGCACCGAAUGCUUCGUCUGCGGACACGACUUUUUCAUCAGCAGCAGUUUGGCAGCACCGUCGUCGCCAUCGACAUCUACUGCCUUGGAGGUGAAUCAACCGUCAACGUCGACAUUCGUUAAUAAUAAUGAUAAUUGUGCCAAUAAACAAAACGAAACAACAACAACAACAACAAGUGAUAUUUAUACGCAAUGUAUUAGUUUCGAGCAAGACGUGCUAAUUCGUCGUCUCGUCGAAAAAUGGUGGGAACCGCUGUUGCGCGCCACGGAGCUCAAUGACGAGGCGCAGCGCCAUCUCGAGACCAAUUCGCUCGACGAGGCGCUCAAGUGUUGCAAUCAGAGCUUGGAAUACGCACCAAACGGAUACAAAGGCCUUUUACUGCGAUCUCACAUCCUGUAUCGCUUGAAUCACCAUCAAAGUUCCUUGAGUGAUGCCGACACUGCGCUGCGGAUACAUCCAACAUCGUACAAGGCGCAUUAUCGGCGAGCAAUGGCACUUUCGGGAUGCGGACGUCACGAAGAUGCGCUAAUCGCGUAUUGCUUAUCCAUUUGUUUGGACAACGAAGCGAAAACUAUCUCGAACAGCAUGUUGAGUGAAGUGACAAAGCUCCUGAAACGCAUCAUUGAAUUAUAUUCGCCGUGCAAAUCCAUCAAAAGUCAAUCGAUAAAUCGUUCGUACGUGAACAAGAUUCGACACGAGCCGACGCGACACAUGCGACAACGUCUGAAAACGCCCUACGAUCUGCUAAUGUUCUCGCUAAAUCGCAAGUACGACGACGAGGAUGCGAUUGUGGUAGAUGCGGAUGUCGCGGACGACGUGGAAAACGAGGCGGAAGAGGCGGAAAAUGACAUUAUUUGUCGCGAAAGUGAUAUGGAUGACGACAUCGAUAUGGUCGAUGGACAAUUUAUUAACUACUUACAGGGCAGGCAUUUAUUAGAGCACGUCGAUAAUAAUCAUCUUGGCGAUUCCUUACUACUAGAUAGCAUAGUUGUUGGAAAAUGUAGCGGUAAUAGCAUUAAUAAUAAGAAAUUUAGUACGUGUAAGAUGAGACGAUGUAAGAAAAUCAUUCCAAAUCAAAACUUGAAACUCAGAUCUCUGUUAGAUAGAAUAUUUGUUGAAGUGGAAAAGUAUGCAAAAGCUGAUCCAAAGAACGUAGUAUUACAAGUAAAUCCAAACCUAGUAGAAGUCUCCGAUUUUGACUGUGUCCUGUGUUGUCGCACUCUCUGGAAGCCCAUCACGACGCCCUGCGGGCACACCUAUUGCUGGGUGUGUCUCGACCGUUCCAUGGAUUACUCCCCAUCGUGUCCCCUCUGCAUGGCGCCACUCGUCGAGCAGUUCCGCAGUCAUCGCGCAUUGCCUCAAAAUCUCACCGGAAGCCCAACACUGAUCUCACUCAAGAAGCGCAACGUCACGAAAUUCGUGGAAACGGCCAUGAAACGCUUCAUUCCCGCCGCUUAUGCGCAACGUCAGCGUCAGGAAAUGGAGAAAGAACCCUCAGUCCCAGUUUUCAUCUGCACCACGGCAUUUCCGACAGUUUCGUGUCCUUUGUUUGUGUACGAGCCACGUUAUCGACUGAUGGUACGACGUGCAAUCGAAAGCGGGUCCCGCCAAUUUGGCAUUGCGUUACCGCAGAGCAGCGGAAGAUCGCGUUACGUCGAUAUCGGAACAAUUUUGGAUAUUCGGGAUUGUUUGCAGCUUGCCGAUGGAUGUUCGAUUCUCAGUACGAUCGGGACACGACGUUUCAAGGUCAUAACGCGCGGCGAAAAAGACGGUUAUGACACGGCAAAAGUCGAAAUUAUCGAAGAUGAGCCGGUUGACGACAAAAACGAAGGCAGGAUUCGGGAGUUGCAUGAUCGCGUCUUGCGAAAAGCGAUAAAAUGGUAUCAAAAUCUCCCGACAAGCAUCAAAGACGAGAUUCUGAAGGGUUUUGGCACGAUGCCGCAUGUCGAGGAACAAUGGCACAAUUUGGUCGAUGGUCCGGCAUGGGCUUGGUGGAUUAUUGCCAUCCUUCCGCUGAGUCAAUCGCUGAAAGUGGGCAUCUUGGCAACGACAAGUCUCGAGAAACGGCUGCGUGCCAUCGAGAAAACGCUCAAUCUCGAACAUUUGGCGGCCCAACAAAAGAGGGCGCUGUGUGCUUUUGCGUCGCAAUCGCAGGCGCCAACAUGUAAUGCGGGAGAUGUCGCUGCUUCGUGUCACAUUGCCGAUUGUUGUUGCGUCGUUGUGCCGAAUGUGCAUCAUCAUCAUCAUCAUCCGCUCGAUUUUACGACAGACACCGAUGUCGUGAGCAUCGUCGAAGGACACCAACUUGAAUAAAUUUUCAUCUCUUUCUACAAAAAUACACAAAACACACAAAAUAUCAUUAAAAAAAUACAAAAACAAUAAAAAUAUAUUUUUUUUACAUUUUCUUACUCUAAAAAUCAAUAAAAAAAUGAGAAAAAAAAUCUUAGAGCAAAAAUUCCUAAAAAAAAUAAAAAUAAAUAAAAUUUUCAGCCAGAACUCAAAUUUAAUAAAAAAAUAAAUAAAAUUUAAUAAAAAUCUGAAAAUAGUUAGAAAUCGUGUGAAAUUGUAAAAAAAACUAUAGAAACAACUCCAAAAAAUAAAAUAAUAAAAAAUAUAGGAAGCUGUGAUUGUAACUGACAAUCUGAUGUUUUGUUGUAAAAAAUACUUAUAAUAAAACGUAAUAAAUAAA